UUACUCAGGCAGAUGUUUGGGCAGCUACUGAAACAAACAUGGCCGCCGCCGGAGGGAAAUCGGUUUUGUUCGUGUGUCUGGGGAACAUCUGUAGGUCUCCGAUCGCAGAGGCCGUCUUUAGGAAGAUGGCCACAGACAGUGGAGCGGUGGACAAGUGGAGGAUAGACAGUGCGGCCACCUCCACCUAUGAGAUCGGGAACCCUCCUGACUAUCGAGGUGCAGCCUGUAUGAAGAAGCACGGCGUGCCCAUGCGCCACGUGGCGCGUCAGGUGACGAAGGAGGAUUUCGCGACGUUCGAGUACAUUCUCUGCAUGGACGAGAGCAACUUGAGAGAUCUGAAAAAGAAAGCGAACGGCGUAAACAACUGCAAAGCCAGAAUCGAGCUGCUCGGCUCAUACGAUCCUGAAAAACAACUGCAUAUUCAAGACCCCUACUAUGGGAACGAGCAGGACUUUGAGAAGGUGUACGAGCAGUGUGUGCGGUGCUGUAAAGUCUUCCUGGAGAGAAACUCCUAACACACACACACACACACACACACACACACACACGCAGGAACCCAAGUAGCCAUUUUAUCCUGUCACAUGUGUUAUGAGUAUUAUAGUAUGAAUAACAGAUUGCACUAAUGGAUUUCGCCCACACACACACACACACACAUAUUUGCUGUGUGAUGUCUUAAUUGGAAGAUGAAGAAUUAUUGUAAGAAUCUGCUUUCGACACACUGACCUCUUCAUCCGAAGGGGAAAAAAAACACAAUAAACCAGCUAAAAGACCGUAAAUAAA